UUUGUGUGAGCCCUGCGGACGGCACCAUGUCACACACAAGAGGGGGUCCGCUGUACGAGCCUGUAAAACUUUAUUAAUAAAAGGAAUUAGCUUCAGCUUCAGGGGGAGAGAGAGGUUUCAUUCUCCCACCAUCUCAUCUCCAAAACGGUGAAAUGGGAUUUUCUGGCUGAGCGGCCGCCACCGCCGCUGCUGUCCAUGCGGUCUCUUCUCAUGUCUGUGGAUGGUGCGUAAUAAUAUCAUCUGGAGAGGCCGAGGCCGACAUUUUACCCCGGUCCGGAGGAGCCUUAACUCCGAGGGGACAUCCGAGGACACGCGAUAAGGCUGGGAGGCUGAGAGCUGCAGGGUUGCGACAUGUGAAAGGAGCUCCGCCCCUUGACCCGCUCAACUCUCAACCUUCGCAGAACUCACUUGAACCGACGUUGUGACCGCGACCUGACACCCUCCUGCCUCGGGCAUGCCUCAGCCGGGUAUGAAUGGGAUGGAGCCUGCGUUUGGCGAGGCCUACGGGGGACACAGGGGUCUGCUGAGCCCCUACCCUCUCGCCAUGUCGCCACAAGGGGGCAGGACCGAGUACGACCAGAGCGUGCUCCUCAUGCUGGGCUCCCCGGCAUCGCCAAGGAAACGGCCCUUUGAGUUGCUAAGCGACCUGGUGGACGAUGGUGGCUUCGGCGAGGACCUGCACCCGGAGCGAUGGGACGUGUCCGCGCUGGACGAGAUGGCUCGCUACACCAAGCUGGGCCUUGGGGUGGGAGGGGAGCUCCUGGCCUGCUCCGAGGAGGCCGUCCUGAUGGGCCGCUGGGGGAGAAGCCGGGAGGAGCAGGAAGAGGAAGAGGAGGAGGAGCGGAGGAGGAGGAGCAGGCACACGGCACCUCCCGUCAUCCAGGAAGUCCAGGCCACUGCUGCAGGGAGGGAGGAGGGGCGCAUCUCUGUUGCCACAGCAACAGAGAGGGAGUUGUGUGUUGCAGGAAGAGCGGCUGCAGGAGGACAGGAUGGGGGGAUGUCACGGGAGCGCACGGUGGAGGUGUAUCAGGUGGCGCAGGAGGAGGAGGAGGAGGUGGCGGCAGCAGCGGCCGCAGGUUUGGCUCUGGAGCACUGCAGCGAGGAGCACAACUACUCCCUGAGCCAGGGAGAGGAGCUGGGGCCCGGCCAGAACUCCCAGACAGAGGGGGCGCGGGGCGCGGAGGCGCAGCAGGAGGUGCGGGGCAAGGAGGACAAUCAGGCCAAGACUGAGCUAGAUCUGGAAGAAGAGGAGCAGGAUGAGGACGAAGAGGAGGAGGAGGAGGAAGAGGAAGAAGAAGAAGAAGAAGAGGAGGAGGAGGACGAAGGAGAGGAGGAGGAGGGAGCAGAGGAGACGGCGGUGGAGGCUGAACUCUCCAGCUCCUCAGAAACUGAAUGUGAGGUGGAGGCAGAGCCGGUGAGGCAGCCGGGGGAGCGCCCGUCGAAGCGCCGCUGCUUCUGGGAGUACCGGCGCGCUCGGGAGUCGGCCACCAAGAAGAAACUGGGCGGAGACGUCCACUGGUCUCUGUCCUGGAGCUCCAGCACGCUGCCCAGCACGCUGUACCGCCGAGAGGGCAAAAAAGGCCGCCGCAAAGCUCGCAAGACGGACGCCAGCGACCUGACGCCGAACCCUCAGAAGCUCCACAACAUCGGCGAGCAGCUGCAGAAGCUCAACGCCGCCAUCGACGGCAUGGGCCCGGUCAACGACCUGCCCGCCGUGGCCCGAGCCCGGUCCCGCAAAGAGAAGAACAAGCUGGCCUCCAGGGCCUGCCGGCUCAAGAAGAAGGCCCAGCACGAAGCCAACAAGAUCAAACUGUGGGGGCUCAACCAGGAGUACGAGAACCUGCUGGGAGCUCUGCUGCGUAUCAAAGAGGUGAUCCGACUGCGGGUGGAGAGCAGUGAGGAGGAGGACACGGACGAGCGAGGGAUGACCCAACGCCUGGAAGACAUCCUGCGAGAGUCCAGCGGUCCUUUAGUUGCUGGGCGGACCAAAGACUUUGUGCAGAGGAUUUUGGCGGCCAGCGCCGGCGGUCAGAACCAGCGCAAAGAGCUCCCCCAGGGAGGAGACGAGACGGUGGGCUAAUCUGACCCAGCAGACCCCUUCUCCCCCUCUCCCCGUUCUUCUCCUCCUCCUCCUGCCUCUUUCCACGCCUCCCGAGCAACAUGACCUGACCAAGCUUCUCCACACCGCCUCCAAUCUCAUGACGUACACAUUCGAGUUAGAGCAGAGAGAUGAAGAGGUGGAGGAAGAAGAGGAGGAGGAGGAAGGAGUAGCCUAAACAACAUGGGAGUAAAUUGCCACCCUGCUCCUGGUCCUCUCCUGUUGGCCCUCCAAACAGCAGCCGUCUUCACUGCUCUGUCUCUGCAGGCUGCACCACAACCACCACCAGGCCAGAGCUGCUGCUGCUGCUGCUGCUGCUGCUGCUGACGUCUCUGUAUUCUGUCUGUCUUUGUCUGUGUGUGUGUGUGUGUGUGUGUGUGUGUGUGUGUGUGUGUGAGUGUCGGACAUGUAACAUACUGUAUGAGUGUAUAGUGUUCCUCUCUCCCUCUGUGUGCUGUAUUUGUAUCCCAGUGUGCCUAUGAAUAGACAUUGCACUGUUUUGUAGAUGGUCGUAGUUGUCGGCAGGGGGCCGGUAGUGAGGCGAGGGCGAGGGGGCAUUUGAGGAUAGAGGAAGCGCUAAAAUAAGGAAGUGGGAGGAGCCCAGGCCUGGAAGACAAAGAAGCAUGUGUGCACUUUUUUUUUGGGGUCGGGCUCCUAUAGAAGCACUGCAUACCAUUCGGAUUGCAUCGACAUCUGAAAAUGUCAGUAACAAGUGAUGGAGUCCUGCUCUCCAGACCAGCUGUUGAUGGAAACAACAGCGUGUUUGUUGUGGAAAAGGAGCUUUAAUUCCCACACACCCCUCCCACUUUAAAACUCCCCUUCACCCCAUCAAAGUUAGAAAACGAAAGAGAAAACUGCACCUUAAUUCCAAAUGACCAAAGAUACUGCUGAACCACUCAGACACCAAAACCUCUCACUGCUUCAGAUGCUGCCAACCAUUAACACAUCGUUUUGUUUUGGAACGUGAGGGACUGAAAUAUUCUGAUUGUGAUCAUGUUUUAUGCAUCCUCAAAGGAUGAAGUUAGUGAACUUUUUAAUACCCCCUUCACAUAAAUAAAUGCACUACUAUCAUGGACCUGAGAGGCCACUGAGUGCGACAGACAGGAAGCGACUGAUGGUUUGUUAUUCAGUCAGCUCUUUUAGCUCUGCAGCCUGGUGCUCCUUCAGCUUAUCUGCAGUGGCUUUAUUUUUACCCACAAAAAAGGGAAGUGUCCUCAAAGCCUUCCCCGAGCCCUCUCCUCAACCCCUGACCUGAUUAUGUAGCGCACCUUCCUGAAUUGCAAUGACAAAUAGAGAAAAACACUUGUAGAUCUAGAAAAGCAAAUACGUUUUUUUAAUGAUUUUGUUGUUAUUUGGCAACGCCCACAUAGUGGGUGUCAGUCCUGAGUUUUGAAAUCUGCCUUUCUUCUGUGGUCUUUGCUGAAGCUGUAGACCAACCUGUCCAAGGUCUCUAAAUGUUGUUGGACAUAAAAAAAAAAGUCAAGGACCCUUUGAUUUGCACUGUGGUAAGAGCAACUAAAGCACCUUCGAAGAGGGCUUCAGAUCCUCCAAAAGAGAAAAAAAAAAGACUCUUGGCACCUUUUGUCUGAAGACAGAUAUUGAUUGAGAGGCUUGUCGUUGGCGCCUGGCGCUUUGUGACCGACCGGUCUCAGUUUGUUUCAGUAUGGUGCUACUGUACGAUGAAAAAAAACAUAAAAAAGCAAUGCAAACCUGAGCGGAGGCAUCAGGCAGUAACUGCUGACUGGGUUUUGGCCUGCGAGCAUGUAAUGUUGUAAUAGGCAGUUUGUUUGCAUAAUGACGCCUUUCUGAAGUGCCUGGAGCUUAAAGCCACAGGGACCUGUGUUAUUAUGCCUGAUCUUCAACCCUAUUACAUGCUAAAAUGUAACCCAUGACUACUGCUCCCAGCUCGGCCUCACUUGACUUAGAAGAAGAAGAAGAAAAAAAAACCCUGCAGGCCCGUGUUGGGUCCUAUCAGCCAAAAAAGUCAACCAAAAUAUUUUCCUUUCAGAUUAAAACCUAUACAUGGAAACAGUAGCUGGCACCGGUUUCUGUGAACAUCAACUCUGGGAAAUAUAAGUAGAGGAGUGGCUGUUAGCUAAGCAAUCCCCCCAUUUGUUUUUCAACCUUGACGAGCUCCAAUCUGGGCUGCGUUCCAAAGCUGCUGCUCUAUAACACGCUGUUCCCUCCUAUGGAAACUCCAUUUCCUGUCUCACCCAGGAGAGGAGCAGUGAACCUUAAACUCUUCACCUCCUUGAGGUCUCGCUCGUGGUCAUUUUCAGAAAGCUGCGGGCACAAGAGUUCAGGGCAGUUUGUCUUGUUUCUGUGUCGUUUUAAUUCUGGGAAAUGUCGCUCAUGGUUGCAUGAGUGUGGAGCUGUACUGUAAACAGACAUAAACAUCCAGCUGAACGGUUUCGUCGUGGAGGUCUGCCGCUGACGAGCAGAGCUUUCUGAGCUCUGAUGCCAAAGACUGACAGUCUGGUGCAGCAGCAGGAGGCUCUGAUGUCACUGAGCCUUCUUAAACAUCACCACAGAAACUCGGUCAGGUUUGAUCAUUUUCCAGUAAAAAUAAAAAAGUGGAUGAUCUAGGACAAGGUCAAAGGUGCACAGUGCACCCUUUCUGCUGCUGAGAAGUGGUUCCACGUCCUUCCACUUACUCUCGAGGCUUUGGGAGUCACAGGAUCUCAUGCCGCAAGCUGCAGCUUCCUGCACAUGCCCGCCCGCACGCAGGCAACAACAAACAAAAAAGAGAGGAAACGGCAGAAAACAACUGCACGUAUCAGCGAAGUUUCAAAUGUUCCCAUCUGUCGCGUCGGCGGAGGACGAGGUCUUUGGGUUUAAGAGGGAUUCCACUUUGAAUGCAUAAGUUUGUCCUGAUGUUUUCCUUCCUCCAAAGUGGUGUUAUAUAACACAAAACACCAUCUGCUGUGUACAUUCAUCUAUAAGCCAAAAACUGAACUGAAGAGAAAACUGUUGUAACGCAGUGAAUUCCUGCCACCGAUACAAACAAGACGCGAGGCGGGAUCCUACGCAAACAGAGAGCUCGAGCAAGGGCUGAGAGUGAAACUGUAGCAUUAUUCCUCUUUAAAGGUGUUUUUUUGUAUCAUGGAUGAUCCCUUUAACUGUAAAGCUUUAAUGGGGAGUGGCCAAUUUUGGCAAGGCCACUUGUCUCUGCUCACAUUCCUGACUCACUUUCCCAGAAAGUUUCUGUUUAUGUACCUGGAAGCAGGAGGCAGAUAUGAGAGGGGAGACUGAAAUGACCCAAAGAUGGCUGCUGCUGCUUGGUCACGUCUCUGUAGCUGCUCUGCUGGUCGUCACAGGGUCAGGAUUCAAAGCAUACAGAACUGAUGCUCUCAGCUUACAGAUUUAGCCAACUCUGACCUAAUAUAGACAAUGACUUUGCAUAAACUGGAUGAUUCUUAUCUAAGCUACUUCCUCGUUGGCUGCCGGACGCAGAGAGAAGUAAACAGUCCUAAAACUUUCUGUCACUGACAAGUUUUUUCCUGUGAAACAGAAAGUGUUUCUGUCCUCAGUGAAAGUUCGAUCCAGCUCAGCUGCUCCAGGGGGGACAGUCACAGCCUAAAAGAGAUUUAGCUCUUCUUUAGGUGUCUUGUGUUCAAGCAGGGCUGCUCAUGAGACAAUUAGAUUUUAAUGCAUUAACUCAAGUCCAGCAGCAUCCGGCUGUGACCCACAAUUUUUAGUUAAAUCUGUGGAAGAUUGCACCUUAUUUAGAGAUUGUACUUCCUUCUAAAUUUGGCUGUAACUAAAACUUUAUUUAAACGACUUGCUAAAACAAGUAAUUAGUAUAAAGUUAACAACUUUGAUCAGUGAUAAACCAUGCGAAUCAUAAAGAAAAUGAUUGAAAAGAUAUGAAUUGCUAAGUUUUCCUGUUUAUGAAUUAAAUAUCUUUUGGAAAAACACGCAGUUUGAAACCCUCAACUUGGCUUUUAUGAUGGCUAUUUAUUUUUCUGACAUUUUAUCGACUUAAAAAAAAUACACUGUCAAAUUGAUAGUUAGUUGCACCAUAAUUGGCUAAAAAGGUUUGACAUUUGCAAAGAGGUAUUUCUCUCAGUUUGAGCCAGUAAGAGCUGGUAUUCUUGUGUUGAGUUAUCCAAAGUGUAAAAGAGUCCCUGCUUGGAAAACACUAAGUUAACACAAAUGGAGAAGUGGCGUUGGAGUGAUGAGGACAGGGAGAAGCUGUCGGCCUCCCUCCCUCACCUCCCUUUCAUGUGAGCGCCGAGUGGUUUUGGACCGGGCGUGGAGGCGUUGUGGACCGGCGGGCUGAAUAGACCCAUCAGUAAGCCUACACUGGUGGGACGCUGCUGACCUCCGGGUGCCCGUCCCCACUCUGCCCCAGCGAGCACAUUGUCGGAGACACUCGGGGUUCUCUGGUUUCAAAGGCGAUAGGCCUCCGGGCAGAGGAGGCCGGGGGAAACAGCACUUAGCCGGUCCCUCGGAAUAGUUUAUCCGAAACCUCUUAAUCCCCAGCAGCUCCGCCCCCCUGUCACUGUCUGACAGCUGCAGAGGAGCAGGAGGAGGAGGAGGAGGAGGAGUCGCUGCCGCUCGCUGCUGCAGCCUGCAUCUUGAUGUCUCCUUUGUCACUGACCUGGAAACUUCCAUCUGGGAAGAAGCCAGAUGGGAGGAAAGGGGUCGGUUUAGACCUGCUGGUCCACAUGGAGUUCUCCUUUCAGUGAAGCUGAGGUGUUGGAAGCUGGCUGAAGCCUCUCAUGUCUCAUCACUGCAUCCAAGUCACAGGGUUAACCUGUUUUUGUUAUGAAAGACAUAAAUCUCUGGCGAUCUUUCAAAAACCCAGAAGGGACUCUGAACAACUUGUUUCCUUCAUCCACUUCUGAAAGUACAGGAGCGUUUUGUUUGUUAACGCAACAUUUGGCAUUUCAUCACAUGAUGGUUUCUGUUUUUGUAGCUUAAAAGCCUAUUUUUCCAAUAAGUUACAUAAAUGCACUAUCAACGUCAACAAAUGUAAAAAAUAAUUUCUGCAUCCAACCUGUGAUUCAGAUCUGCUCCAAAAUUUUCUGGGUUCUCCCGUGGUCCAACCGACAGCCUUGUGAGUUUAAUGAAAAUUUGGCCUUCAGUUUUUCUGUAAUCCUGCUAACAAAUCAAGCCGACAACACGACGUGCUUGGUGGAAGUUAUAAACAACCUUUCUUAUCGAUGUACUGUCAUGGUUUCAUUUCAUUUCGGAGACGAUGUAACUUACAUGCCUAGUGGCUUUCUGCACGGGACGAGUUGGCUGUGAUUAAAAGUUUUUAAUAGAAUAGUUUUUAAUAGAAUAUUGUUCUUAUCCAAGUAGACAAAAUAGUUUGUGAAGAUUUGAAUACCUUCAAAACUGCAGGAAGUGUCAACCCUUAACACCCAUCACUUCUUCUUUCUUUUAUCAUUAGGUCCUUAAAAGCUUUUAAGGUUUUAUUAUAUCCAUGAUCUGCUUUUGUUUAACUGUGUCUCCUAAAAAUGACAUUCAUGUAGAAAAAACCUGCAUUCUCAGUUACGUUUCUAGAAAAAAAACAUUCUCUCCUGGUCACCGUUUUAGACACGUGGUUAACAUUGUGAAUUCAAAUAAAACUACAUGGUUAGAUUUAAGAAAAGAUCAUGGUUUGAGUUAAAAUCAGUAUGUUUAUAACACGUUAGUUUUGUGCAUCGUGGAGGUGACUCAAGUACGUUAUGUAAGUUAAAUAAGUCAUUGUUAGUGUCCUGGAUAAAAGUCCCUUGCUUUUUUCUUUGCAACCCAACCUCCUCCCAUAUGCAUAUUUUGAUUAACUUGAUAAUGCAUUUGAGUAUGCAUUAAAAAAAGUUUUUUCCCUCAAAAUGUGAUUAAAAGUGCAGCUAGUUAAGUUAAAUGCACUUGUUUGUUUUCUUCCUAACUCACAUCUGUCAAAUGUAACUCCACCACCACCAGCUGGUUAGCUUAGCUUAGCAUGGGUCUGUAUUAAGGCAUCAAAACCCACCUUCCAGCACCUUUUUAAAGCUUAUUAAUUACCAUCUUAAAUGCUUACAAGACCAAACUCCUGAGAGUCUGGACUGUAGCGUCCCCCUGAAUGAACAGUUGGUGAUGAAAGGUUUCCCAACCUGUUCUGGAUCUUUUGAAACAUCUCCAGAGAUUUGAAACACAGAUACUCGGCCCUGUAUACCCAAAAUGUAGUGGUGAUGCAUGAGAGGCAGCUGAGACGCACCUUUGUGGCUUUAACCAAAACCAAGUCAGUGGUUUCUGUCACGAUCAGAGGACAGAGGACAAAAAGCAUCGACGUCUCGUUAGAAAUGAGACGAUGCUUUAUGGUAUUCGACGAGGACUUCCCGUGGAGAGAAUAAAGACUGAAUAAUCGCAUCCCUGCUGGUUCUUUAAUCCACUUGAAAACACGUUGAGUGAUUGGAGGAAAGGAAAAUCAAGAGACUAGCAAACAUUCCACAAUGCCAUGUCAUAUAAUGUACAGCAAACCCUUCCUUCUCUUCUUCUGUCUGUCUGUCUUUAACCCAGUAACCACAAUACUACAGUAAUACUUCGGACCUGUUAACACAUUAACACAUCUUUAUGUACAACUCCUUCGUCAGUAAGUAACCUUUAAGAAAAUAGUUAAAAAAAAAGAAAUAAUAAAAAAAAAACAAGAAGUGCCGUACAAAUAGAAGCCUAAUAUUUUUUG